AUGUCACCUUCGUGGUUUCCUUGUUAGGACGCGAACACUCCGCAGAAGGGGACGCGGCCCUGCUCCUCAGUCACAUGCCCGUGUGAGGAUCAGCUGACGGACUCUCCUCUUCCUCCUCCAUCAUCAGACUGACAGCGCCUCCUCACACUCUGGUUCCUCUCCACCUUUACCUCUGUGGCGUCUGAUCGGACAUCGGAGCCACAGUCUCCCGCCGACCCUGCAGCUCGGAUACAUGUUGUUGGAGUGGAUGAUGAACGGACACGCCAUUCUUUACACGGGGGUCACUUUGGCCUUCUGGAGCACCAUACUCAUCGUCGGCAUCUGCUACACCAUAUUUGACCUGGGUUUCCGCUUUGAUGUGGCAUGGUUCCUCACGGAGACCUCUCCCUUCAUGUGGGCCAAUCUGGGAAUUGGUUUGGCCAUUUCUCUGUCAGUGGUGGGAGCUGCCUGGGGGAUUUACAUCACAGGCUCAAGCAUCAUUGGUGGUGGUGUCAAGGCUCCACGAAUCAAGACCAAGAAUUUGGUUAGCAUCAUCUUCUGUGAAGCUGUUGCGAUCUAUGGGAUCAUCAUGGCCAUUGUAAUCAGCAACAUGGCCGAGAACUUCAGUGGAACAACCCCUGAGACCAUCGGAGCAAGGAACUAUCAAGCUGGUUACUCCAUGUUUGGAGCCGGUCUGACUGUGGGCUUUUCCAACCUCUUCUGUGGCAUCUGUGUCGGCAUCGUGGGCAGCGGAGCAGCUUUGGCAGACGCCCAGAACGCCAGCCUCUUCGUCAAGAUUCUCAUCGUGGAGAUCUUCGGCAGUGCCAUUGGCCUGUUUGGUGUAAUUGUAGCCAUUCUGCAGACGUCGAAAGUAAAGAUGGGCGACUAGAGGGCUUUCACACGCUGAGAAGAUGAAAAGACACUGCUGGAAAAAAAAAAGAUGGAUUAUUGUGUAUAUACAUCGUAAAUUAUUUAAAUGUCUCUAUUUGCCUCGUUUUUUUUAACCAUUAUUCAUUCAAGAGUCGUUGGUGCAUCCUUUUGAAGUUGGAGCGAGAAAAUGUCAAUUAGCGCAAACAAAACCGUACAUUACAUGAAAGAUUGUACAUUAAGAUCUGUUGCAAGUCUAGUCAUUUACCUGCUUGAGUCAUAUUCAUAGCAUAAACAUUUCUCGACCACUCUUGGAUGAAUGAUGAGUUAAAAAUGACACUAGAGUAUUUGAAAACAUUUGUGUGUGUGUGUAUGUGUGUGUGCGAGUGUGUGUACACUGGAUACGUGAUUUCUUUUUUUCUAUUUUCCUGUGAAGCAUGAGUGUUUCCCUUUGUGUUUGUAGCCGGGUCUGUCAUUUUUCUUCUUCUUUUUUUGUUGUUGCAUCUGUUCUUUGCUAAUAAGCAAGUGGUCCUUACUCCACAUCGUGGCCCAAAUCCAGUAUUUGUCAGGUUUCUUACUUUAAAAUCCAGAGAGAAUCUGAGGUUUUGAAUUAAAAACCAUUAGAGAGGUAAGAGGACGGAUCACAGCAGCAGAUCUGCUCUGAAUAUGUCAUCCUGUCAUUCACUUUCUUCAUUUGAAAUCCAUGAGGUUCUUGAACGUAGCUGCCAGCCACUACUCCCAGUUUUUCCCCAGAGUCUCCUCGACUUUUUGAGUUCAGUCUUUCAGUUGAUUUUUAGAAGGUAAAUAAAGAUGGCCGUGCUUUGAAGAUGGUUUUAGACAUCAACAAACAAAACUUCUGUCCUCUUUCUCUGUAGAUUCUUCAGCCUUGUCUUUAGACUGGAAAGGGGAAUCAUUUAUUUUUAUAAAGCAUUAUUAACUUAAACUUGAUUGUAAGUGCGUGAAGUCUUUCAGAAAAUAUUACCGUAUUGAUGCACUUGUCCGCUGACGUGUAUUUUUAGCAAUCUCAGGUGCUCUGAUGUCCAAGACUCUGGGUAAAAAUUAUGGACUUGUACCUUAUCAACUCACAGAUUUAAAAAUGCAUUUCCACCAAAAUCAUCAGGUGAGAUUAAUAUCAAAUGUAAACUGUUCACAUCUGUUUUCCUAUAUGUUUUCUAACAUUCCUUUGUGUGUGUAAAUCUGACUUGUGUGUGUGUAGAGUGCGCAUUGACUCCUGGUAUAUCACAACACAGCUCUUUACUCUUCAUGUUACUGUCAGCUGGCUGCUGUACAGUGUUUCAGGUGGAUUUCUUUAAUGGUAACUAAGAAAUCUGGGUAAACAAGUUAUUUUUCAUGAGGUUUCCUGAACCUUUGGCUGCCAGCUGACAGUAGAAUAGAGUGGAUGUGGACACCGAGUGCAAAAUGCUGCAAUAUUCAGUCUCAUGUUUGUUGGUGACAUCUUUAGAAACACAUUUUGUUCUUUAGGCAUCAUUCCACAUGGGUGACAGACCACAGCUCGUUGUGAAUUGUCUGAAAUCUUUCUUUGACUCUCCUUGUGAAGCUCUGAAAGUGAAUAGCAAACGUUGAUUCUAACAUGGGGGGGGGCUGAGUAGACGAAAGAAUAUGUAGACCCGACCUCUCAAUUGUGUCUCGACUGCAGAAUCAUCUUUCCCCUUUACGAUGGUUUUAUGAUUAAACCAAGAUAAAACUGCACCAGGCUCCGUACCAAACCCCUGGCUUUCAGUGACUGUAGUUGGUACUGUGUGUUUUCUUUGUUGAUGUGAUGGUGAUCAGAAAAUAACUGAUGUUUUUGACGUUGUGUAUAAUAAGAAAAACAGAUCUUCCUUCUGGCUUCAUUAAUGUCCUUGAGAAAAAUAAAAUGGUCCAAUCAAGAUCUCUGAUUCAACUGAA